AUGUCAAACCAACAGUUCCAACCCUCUUUUGCCGAUACAACCGACUUCGAAAAUGCGAAGCGGGGUUUCAUCGAUGCCCUCAGCCCAUGCAUCAUUCGAGCUGCCAGCGGCCGGGUAGUGUGGAAUAAUGACGAAUACAACUUCCUCGCUGGCGAAUGUCCGCCAACGGCCAACCCAAAGCUCUGGCGACAGGGCCAAUUGCUUAGCAUCCAGGGGCUCUUCAAGUCAGCGGAGGGAAUCUACCAAGUGCGGGGGUUUGAUCUUUCCAACAUGACGAUCGUCGAAGGAAAGGAGGGCGUCAUUGUGAUUGACCCACUGACUUCGGUCGAAACGGCCGCUGCGGCACUGGCAUUAUACCGCAAGCACCGUGGUGAUCGCAAAGUGACCGCAGUCAUCUAUUCUCAUUCGCAUAUUGAUCACUUUGGUGGUGCUCAGGGUAUACUCCCGGUCGCGAAGACACACUCGAUCCCGUUGAUCGCUCCCGAAGGGUUCAUGGAGGAGGCGACCAGUGAGAACCUGUAUCUCGGGAAUGCGAUGCGUCGACGUGCCGCAUACAUGUAUGGAAAUCGAAUUCCAAAGGGUCCUAAGGGACAAAUUGGCUGUGGACUUGGCAUGUGUGUUCCCAGCGGCGUCAAUUCUUUGGUUCCACCGAACAUGAUCAUUCGUGAAACCGGCGAAGAACGAGUGAUCGAUGGGGUCCGAAUCGUUUUCCAGAUGGUGCCCGAGUCGGAGGCCCCUUCAGAGAUGAACUUUUAUUUCCCUGACCAGCGAGCUUUGUAUAUCGCCGAGUGUGCCGUGCACUCGCUCCACAAUAUUAUCACCUUGCGUGGAGCCCAAGUUCGUGAUGCGAAGGGUUGGUCUCAGUAUCUGGAUGAGUCUCUGGUUCUUUUCGGCAAGGAAUCAGAGGUCAUGUUGGCUGGUCACGCCUGGCCUACCUGGGGCCAUGCAGAGAUUGCGAAAUUCAUUGGUGACCAACGAGACUUGUACGCCUACAUCCACGACCAAACAGUACGACUGAUGAAUCACGGCAUGACCGGUAUCGAGAUCGCAGAGCACUUGACUCUCCCGCCUUCUCUGCAAAAGUCCUGGUUUGCACAGGGAUUCUAUGGAUCUGUCAGUCACAACGUGAAAGGCAUUUACCAACGGUAUCUGGGCUGGUUCGACGGGAACCCUGCUCAUCUCUGGGAGCAUCCACCAAAGCAAAGUGCCAAACGAUAUAUUGAGUGCAUGGGGGGAAUCGACGAGGUUGUGCGAAAAGCAGAAGGAUUUGCCCAGGCUGGCGAUUUGCGAUUCGCAGCGACAUUGCUGGACCACGCCGUCACGUUUGACCCGUCACAUACUGGCGCGAAGAAAGCACUAGCGUCCGUCUUCACAAAACUCGGUUAUGGCUCGGAGAAUGGCACUUGGCGCAACUUCUAUCUCACGGGUGCUAUGGCCUUGCUUGCGGGGAACAGGCCCGAUCCUCGGCAGAGUAUGAGCACUGGACUGAGACCGGAACAAAGCGUUGAACAGUGGCUGACCCUGUUGUCCAUUCGCCUGGAUGGUGUCAAGGCAGCAGAGGAGUGUUUCUCUAUUGACUUCCAUGUAACAGAUGAACAGCGUUGGUGGCACGUGAACAUUAGCAAUGCCGCCUUGACAUACAGGAAUGCCGCCACCAAGGAAGAAUUGCACAGUGAAGCGAGUUUGACUUUGACUUUAACAAAAUCGGAGCUGUUACAGGUCUUGUCUGGGGGGAAUCCAGUGGGUGUCUCCUAUGAUGGGGAUAGGGACUUGGUCCAUAAGCUUCUCUCGUUAAUGGAGACGACGGAGAGCCCCGGGAAAACGCGGUUGUAG